GGGGAGGGGGAGGGGAAGGGGAGGAUCGGACAAUCUUUGGUGUUUCCAUCUCUCGCCGCCGCGAUGGCGUUUGUGAAGAAGAGGAAACGUUCCCGGGAAAGGUUUUCUCUGUUGCUUCUUGACCUGGAGGAGUAUUACUUUGAUCACCACACAUUUUAUUAUGUGCUUGCCAAUGAAAAAGGCGAAAACAGAAAAAUUAAAGGUUCCCUCAAGAUAUGUUCUAAAUCGUUGAUGUUUGAACCUGAACAGAUAUCAGAACCUGUUAUAAAGUUCUCUUUCAGAGACUGCAGCAGAAUUGAAGAGCUGGAGGAUAAGCAAAGUAAUAAUCCCUCUGAAGAAAAUUUAGUUUGUGGAUUCCGCCUAUCCUGCCAGCAGAUCUGUUUAAUCAAAGAACAUUGCAUAGUGGCUCCAUAUAAAAUUGAAAGGGGGAAGAAGGAUUAUGUCUUCAAGAUAGAGAACACUUCAAAAGCACAAGAUGCCAUACAGAGCUUACUCCAGCUUCACAGAGCUUCUCAGCUGGACAAGAUGGCAGACCAGACUGCUAUGAUCACAGCCAUCUUGCAGUCUCGAUUGGCUCGGACUUCAUUUGAUAAAAACAGAUUUCAAAACGUUUCCGAAAGCCUUCAUAUGGAGUGCGAAGCUGAAAUGGUCACUCCUUUGGUCACCAAUCCUGGACACGUCUGCAUCACAGAUCAAAAUCUGUAUUUCCAGCCUUUAAAUGGUUAUCCAGAGCCUGUUGUACAAAUUAAGUUGCGUGAUGUAAGACGUAUUUACAAAAGGAGGCAUGGGCUGAAACCUCUGGGUCUUGAAGUAUUUUGCACUGAAAAUGAUCUUUGCUCUGACAUCUACUUGAAAUUUUACACUUCCAAAGAUCGUGAUGAACUUUACUACUAUAUUGCAACCUUUUUAGAAAAUCACGUUGCGGAGCACACAGCUGAAAGCUACAUGCUGCAGUGGCAAAAAGGACACCUGUCAAAUUACGAGUACCUCCUGCACCUCAAUAACCUGGGGGACCGCAGCUGCAAUGACCUUUCCCAGUAUCCUGUCUUUCCUUGGAUCAUAGCUGAUUACACCAGUCCAGAUCUAGAUCUAUCAAAUCCUGAAACAUUUCGCGACCUUAGCACACCAGUGGGCGCAUUAAAUAAAGACAGGAUGGAACGAUUGUUGACCCGUUAUCGAGAAAUGCCAGAUCCCAAAUUCAUGUACGGCAGCCAUUAUUCCUCGCCUGGUUAUGUUCUCUUCUACCUUGUGAGAGUUGCCCCUGAAUACAUGUUGUGUUUACAGAAUGGAAAAUUUGACAAUGCAGAUAGAAUGUUCAACAGUAUUGCAGAGACUUGGAAAAAUUGUCUGGAAGGUGCUACGGACUUCAAGGAGUUAAUCCCAGAAUUUUAUGGCACAGAUUCCAGCUUCAUUGUGAACAGUUUGAAGUUGGACCUUGGGAAGCGGCAGGGUGGAAAAAUGGUAGAUUCUGUGGAGCUGCCACCAUGGGCUUCAGAUCCUGAUGAUUUUCUCCAGAAGAGCAGAGAUGCUUUAGAAAGCCAAUAUGUCUCUGAAUAUCUGCAUGAAUGGAUUGAUCUAAUAUUUGGUUACAAGCAAAAGGGCACUGAAGCCAUUGCAUCACACAAUGUGUUUCACCCUUUGACGUACGAAGGGGGAGUUGAUUGGAACAGCAUUGAGGAUCCAAGUCAGAAAAUAGCAAUGUUAAUUCAGAUCCUGGAGUUUGGGCAGACACCAAAACAGUUGUUUACCACUCCACAUCCUCAAAGAAUAAUGCCGAAGUUCAAGAGUCUAUCCAGGGGAACCAGCCGGAGUGCUAACAUGCCAGAGUCAUCUCCAGGAUCACCCUGUGAAGAUUCUUCGUUUGAAGAUUUAACAGAAGAAAGCCAGAAACUAGCCUGGAGUAAUAUUGGUAAACUCUAUAUAGUUUGCCAGCAAAAAAAUCACAAAGAGGCAGUGACUGGAAUAGCUGUAUCUAGCAAUGGCUCCUCAGUCCUCACAACUUCUCAAGAUUCAACACUAAAAAUGUUUUCCAAGGAAACAAAGUUGUUGCAGCGGAGCACGUCCUUCUCAAAUAUGGCUCUGUCAUCUUGUCUGUUGCUGGAAGACAGAACUGUUCUUUGCUCAUCAUGGGAUAACAAUGUUUAUUUUUAUUCAGUAGCUUAUGGAAGAAGGCAGGAUACACUUAUGGGUCAUGAUGAUGCUGUCAGCAAGAUCUGCUGGUACGAAGGUCAUUUAUACACUGCAUCCUGGGACUCUACAGUUAAGGUGUGGAAAUGUGACGCAAACGAUAUCUCCAGUUGCAGAAAAAAUAGCUGUGAGCUCCUGGCUGAGUUGGAACAUGAUGCAGGUGUAAAUACAAUCAGCCUGAAUCCUUUUGGCACACUGCUUGUAUCGGGUAACAAGGAAGGGACUGUUACUAUUUGGGAUCUGACUAUCUUAACUAUUUUGCAUCAGAUUCAUUGUCAUUCUGGAACAGUCAAUGAUGUUGCUUUCAGUCCCGAUAGUCGACAUAUUCUCAGUGCUGGACAAGACUGCUGUCUUAAAGUUAUUGAUGUUCAGACCGGUAUGCUGAUAUCUUCUUUGUCUUCAAGUCAGCAACAGAGGUGUUUCUGCUGGGAUGGAAACACUGUUCUUUCAGGUAGCCAGUCAGGCGAACUUUUAGUUUGGGAUCUGAUGGCUGCAAAAGUCACUGAAAGAAUUCCUGGACAUUCAGGUGCUGUCACAUGUAUUUGGAUGAACGAGCAAUGCAGUAGCAUCAUAACAGGAGGAGAAGAUAAACAGAUCAUUUUCUGGAAGCUCCAUUACUAAGUGCCUUUUCUGAAAUCACACUUUAAUAUACAGUGAUUUUUAAAAAGAAUAAAAAUUGAAGUGAAGACUGGUUUUAAAGCUGUAUAACGCAAUUUAUUUUGAACUCACAAUGUGUUAUUCUAUCUCCCAUCUGAAAUAUGCGAACCUUUUGCUUAAUGCAACAAUGUACAAGGAGGAAAGCAAAUUUGGGUCUUCUUACUCCAAUGCUGUGCAACUACACAGCUGAGAAGCAAAGUAUUGAGUAUUUCUGAAAUAGAAAUUUAAAAUAAUAUGGGGAAAUGCUUGUGUAAUUUUACUUGGGUUUAACCAAAUUCUGUACAGUUGGGUAUAUCUUGCCUUUUAGUCUGGUUACUAUAGAAUCAGUUAUUCUGCAUUCAAUAUAACAAUGUGCAUUUACAAAAGUUAUUGAUGAUGUUUUCUUUGACCAAGCAUGUGUAUGAAACAAGCCAGCUCCAAAAUAAAAAGCUGGAAGCACAAAGGUGUUUUCAGCCACAUUAAGCCAUUUUCCUUUUCAACUUAGAUAAUAUUGUAGUUUGACUCUGGUUUCAAAUAAUGUGGAGUGGAGACCAUUCAGAUCAAACUGAAUAGCUAUUGAAAUAUAUACAUAUUUUAAUGAAAAGUAUUGACUCUUGAAAUAAAAUGUUCAGCCUUAUAACUUAUAUGAAUCGCGGUGUUUUCGUUCAAUGAUUGUGCCUUACUGCCUUUUAGUGGCUGACUUUUACUGUAGAAAAUAUCUUGGACAUCUACAUCUGGAGUAGUUCCUAACCAAAAUCUGUGUCUACUUGUAUUUUAAGUACAGUUAUCAAAAGAUCUAAAGGAUUACUCCUCACAAAAGGUCUAGAUAAUUUUUGGUGGAGGUUGGUACUUCAAGAUGUGGCAAAGUAAAAUAUGCCAUGUCAGUAGCAAAUUUCAUUAUCAACAGCUUUCUAUAUCAUUGUUGGCCAAUGGAAAUACUAUAAUUGGUUCAGUUACAUGUAAUUAUUAUAACAUCUUUCUGUUUUUGGCAUAUUCAACUGUGGAUGUAGUUUUUUGUGCACUGGGAUUCAUUUACAAAUGUAUCAUAUUGUUCAUAUACUGUAAUGGCAUUGAGUGUUCUUUGGUACAAUAGCUGUUAUAAGGAAUGUGUAAACUUCAUAUUGCAUGUUGAACCAGCCUGCCUUUUUGUGACCAUUAUCUGCCAUCACAGUUGUGCAAUUCUCAACUUGUGCUCUAGAUAUUGACUAGUAAAAUCUCAUUUCCCUCCUAUAUAUGUAUGCAAAGUGCAUCUAGUUUAAUUUAGUAAUUUAUAGACAUUAAACGUUUCCCACAACAUUAAUACUUGAAAUAUUUUAGGCUUUUAUUUAUUAAAAAAAUCUCCAGUAAGGUGGUUUGCAAACAAACCAGCAGGGAUUGGGGAAAGCGUCCUGCACCGCCAGUCUGAUUUCUCCUAGAAAUUUGGCUGCAGAACAAAACUGAUUUCCUAUUUGACACAAAUUGCCACCGACUUAGAAUGUUGUCAUUAAGGUACAAUGGAAGCUCACCCCACUAAUGUGGGCAGUCUUUUGCAAUCCUAUUAAUUGCAAUAUUGGGCAAUAAUUUAAACUCACUAGUUAGGUCAACAUUUCUUUAUGAGCAUCCACUGUUUACAAGAAAAGCAUACUGAUUUGUCCUUUUCAUGGUGAAGAUGUGGUAUUUUUGCUUAUCCCUCAUCUACUUUGUUUUUGCUAUGCAAAUCUGUUUUAGUUGGAAGGCAGAGUGCUUGAAAACAUUUCCUCAAUAGCCUCUGGUAUGAUAGUGAUUUUACAUAACAAAUCAAAAUAUUUGUAUUUGAUAUUUAAAGUCAUAGUGGGUAUAUUAUUAGCACUUUGAGAAACAGGGGUAAAUAUCCAAUAAAUGGAAAGUUAUUUUUACAUUUUCGUUGCAUCAUUCUUAAACCAAAGUUUUGUAGUGAUUUGGAGACUGAACAUAAUAACAUGGUGUAAAAGGCAAGACUUUCCAUUGUUCUAAAAUAUUUAUCCCUAGGUGUACAUAACGUGUACCAAAUGUUUAAAUUGAAUUUGUGUUUAGUUUCAUUUUAUUAUGUAUUUAAGGCUUCCAUUCUUUGAGAGUGUUAGCAGGUAAAUAAAAUAUUGUACUUUUUCAUUUAAAA